AGUAUUAAAAAUGGAAGCUAGGCACAUAAAAAUAUGAAUUCUAUAUUUCUUGCUAUAUUAAAUAACGUUACCCAUAAAAAUAUGAAUUCUAUAUUUCUUGCACAAAAAAAUAUGCUAUCAAGAAUUAAAGCUAGGCACACACUCACAUACAAUAUUUUUAUUACAAAAAAUUUAAAAAAUUGGAAGCAACAAUACCUACUUGAAACUCAAGUUAACCCCUAUUACUAGCUGUAAAGAUAAACAAAAUAAAAAAUAUGGUAUUAUGGUCCACUCUUUAACUAUCAAAAGUACAACGUCUUAAAAAUUAAAAAAAAAAGUGUCAAAAUUGAGACAAAAACUGGUAAAACAAGCAACCCUCCUCUCACUAAAAAGCACUUAAAAAUGAAAAGGGCAUCAAAGUAUUUUCCCCCACUUUAUUUUAAAUAAACCUAAUUAAUUAACUAAUCAAAAUUCAUUUAUUAAUUUAAUUAAUUCAUAUUGUAAAAAAAAAAAAUGUUAUAUUUAUAGUAGAAAUAAAGGAAAAUGGAAGUAAUAUAGAGCAGCUGUCCACAAGUCCCUUUGAAACGCCAAUUCACUCUCUCUUCUCUCUUCUCCCCACUCCAUAAGUCUCUCCUCACCACUUCAAUUCUUUCUCUCUCCUCUUUUUCUCUCUUCCACAACUCUUGCCCUUUUUUUUUCCCAACACAUUUUACACACUUCCAUUCUACUUUCUCCUCUUUUGCUCUAAUAAACCUCUCUACUACUACUACACCACCACACCAUUAUUAUCAUUUUGUGUCGUCAAUUAUAACAACAAUGGAAGCAUCUUCGGGUUCCGAAUUCAGCCAUUUCACCCCUUCUCACCACCACCUUAUUAACACGCCCGAGAGGCGACUCUCUUGUAGUGGUGACCCUUUUAUUGUUGAGGACCUUCUUGAUUUUUCUAAUGAUGAUACUAAUAUUAAUGGUGGUGUGGUUCUUCAUGAUACUAAUAAUAACAAUAUUAGUAACAAUAUUAAUAAUGAUAAUACUAAUGUUAAUGCCUCUUUUGAUAAUCUUCAUCACUCUAAUAAUUCCGAUGAUUCUACCGUUGUCACCCCCGUUGAUAGCUGCAAUUCUUCCUUCUCCGGUAAUAAUGACUCCAUUUUUCCUCCUGCCGGGGAUAUUGGGUCUCACUUCUCCGGCGAGCUCGGUGUUCCGUAUGACGAUUUAGCUGAGCUAGAAUGGCUCUCAAAUUUUGUGGAGGAAUCAUUUUCGAGUGAAGACUUGCACAAAUUCCACCUCAUUCCGGCCAUGUCAGCAAUGAAGACCCGAACCGAUGACGUGUCAGAAACCCGGUAUUACCCGACCGAACCAACCCGGGCAGCACCGCUCCCGACAAGCCCUAUUUUUAGCCCGGAGAUGGCCGUGCCCGGGAAAGCCCGAAGCAAGCGCUCCCGUGCUGCCCCGUGCAAUUGGGCCUCGCGCCUCCUUGUCCUUGCCCCGGGCGGUAACGAGCAAGUUCCGAUCACAAAGCCGACAAAGUCUGCCGGUUCGAAAAAGAAAGGGUCGAGUUUGGGCGGGAUUGGGCCCAUGGUGGACCCGACCUCUGGGGGUGAGGUGAGGAAGUGUUUGCAUUGUGCGACCGACAAAACACCACAAUGGCGUACCGGGCCUAUGGGCCCGAAGACGCUUUGUAACGCUUGCGGAGUUAGGUACAAAUCGGGUCGGUUGGUGCCUGAGUACCGACCCGCUGCAAGCCCGACCUUCAUGCUAACAAAGCAUUCGAACUCCCACCGAAAGGUGAUUGAGCUCCGAAGACAAAAGGAACUAAUGAGGCAACAACAAAUGCAACAACAACAACACCAAUAUCAACAACUCAUUCAUCAUAAUCCAAAUACUAGUAGCAAUAUGAUGUUCGACCCUUCUAAUGGUGAUGAUUAUUUGAUCCACCAACAUAUCGGGUCGGACUAUAGGCAACUCAUAUAGUCGAAUGAUCAAAUUAUGCUAGCUAGCUAGGGAGGGGUAACAAAGAGGACUUAAAAUUUUAAUCUUAGACGAGUUUGGUAAUAGUAGCUAGCAUUUGUCUAGGUUUUUCUUCCUUUUAUUUCAAGAAACAAUUUUUCCAAGUUUAAUUUUCUUUGGUUCUUUUUGAAAUUUUUUGAAAGCAACAUUCGAGCAGGGGAUUAAACCCUAGCUCAAAAGAGCAUAGAAGAGAAAGAAGAAAAAAAAAUAGUCAGGGAGCGCAUUGCUGUUUGCAAAUUAAUUGUUGGUGUAGCCUUUUUUUUCCACAUAAUUAUAAUUCAUAAUCCUUUAUUUCUCCUUGCCAAAUUUGGCAAACUUUAGAAACAUUA